AUGUCUUGGCAUCUUGACAACACGAACCCUUUGAGCGCCCAUGAACAAAAUCGAGGAACCUUCGAGGAGCCAAGCAACAGAAGGGCCCAAAACAUCAAUGGCAUAUCCGACUCGGAAUGUGCAGCGUUGGGCCUUUUGUUCGAGGACCCGAGGCCCUUCACCUCCGCCUACUGGCAGACCUUCGACUUUCUCUGUCGAUACUGGCCACCCGUUACUACUACUUCUAGCUCGAGCAACACACCUCAAAACUUUCAAACAGAUCUUGGAGAAAAGUCUUCAGUCAAUCGCCAAGCAUUCAAUAGUCGUGGCGAUCAUCAAAAAAAGAACAAGGAUAGGUAA